ACCCUGAGGUUUCUGUUGCGUUUGCUUCCUGUGGUCCACAUUCUCUGAGUGUAUCCUCUGAUGUGGGUUUUAUCAGUGUGUUGUUUGAGUUUUCAUAAACUGUUUCAACAGUACAGAUGCUCCUUUAUCGCCUCUGAGGAUUCUGUGAUAAGACGCUACGCAUCUACGCAAAUUACGGUGGAGAUAGGGAACGUUUGCGCUAGAGACAAAUGCAGCAAACCUACGCCUUGGGAGUUGUGAUGGGGGAUAAGUUAUCCAGAAGUUCGAGUCUAACUGGCAAAUAACAAUCUACGAAACUACAAGGUGCCAGACGAGCGCUUAAUCGCGACAGUUUCCUUGGUGGUGUGUUGUGGUCCAGUAGCCUUAUGGCUGGUUCUGAGACAGAUGCAGCAAAAAGGUGGCAGAAAUGUGUGGACACUGUACUGUGCAAUCUUACUAAGGAUCAACUGAAAUCUAUUGAAAACAACAGUGAGGAACGGAAGUUUUUUGUGGUACAUCACUUGGCAGACCUGAAAGAAUGUUGCAUCUCUCCUCUCAUUCAUGGCACACCUAUCACCUGUAAAGUGGAAAACACAGAGCGAUACACCACCCGCUCUAAGGUACAUGUGUGCACUCUCUACACGGUCUGUCUGACACAUGGCGAGUUCACAUGGACGGUCAAAAGAAAGUACAAGCACUUCCAGGAGCUUCACAGAGACCUGUACAAACACAAAAUGAUGCUGCAGUUCUUGCCUCUGGGGAGAUUUGCCAUUCAGAGACAACAGCUGGCAGGUUUGACAGAGGAAAUGCCAACUUUACAUGGAAGCGAUAGAACCAGGAGAGCGUCUGGCAAACCGAAAUAUCUGGAGGAAUAUUUAAACAACUUGCUAGAAAACACUUUCUACAAGAACUAUCAUGGGAUGUUGGACUUCCUGGCAAUCAGUCCGCUGUCCUUCAUCAGAGACCUUGGACCCAAAGGCCUUGAAGGUUAUAUUCUGAAACGGUCCGGGGGUCACCGCAUCCAGGGGCUCAACUGCAUCGGUCACCAUCAGGUCUGCUUCCGCUGGUCUCGCCGUUGGCUUGUGGUGAAGGAUUCAUUCCUUCUGUACAUGUCCAGAGACCCUGGCGUUGUGUCGUUUGUGCUGCUGUUUGACCCUGAGCUGAAGGUGUUGGUUGGACGUGUUUACACUGAUACCAAGCAUGGCGUCUGCAUCGAGAACUUCAGCAGGAAGCUGGUGAUUAAGUGCAGUAGCUACAGGCAGGCCCAGUGGUGGAGUCAUGAGAUUCGGAGUCUCUCUGAGCGCUGUGAUUUCCUCCAGAUGCAUCGCUUUGAAGGCUUCGCCCCACCCAGACUGGACACUCUCACAAAGUGGUAUGUUAAUGGGAAUGGCUAUUUCUCAGAUGUGGCUGAUGCCCUGGAACAGGCCAAGGAGGAGAUCUUCAUCACUGAUUGGUGGCUCAGUCCAGAGGUUUUCCUUAAACGUCCAGCUACAGGAACGUAUUGGCGCUUGGACAAGAUUCUCAGACGCAAAGCAGAACAGGGCGUGAAGGUGUGUGUGUUGUUGUAUAAGGAGGUGGAAAUGGCUCUGGGUAUCAGCAGUGGCUACAGCAAGAGAACACUGAUGAACCUGCACCCCAAUAUUAAGGUGAUGCGUCACCCUGAUCAUGUUGCCUCCGUUGUGUUCCUCUGGGCCCAUCACGAGAAAAUGGUUGCCAUCGACCAAUCAGUGGCCUUUGUCGGUGGGUUGGAUCUUGCAUUUGGGAGGUGGGAUGACAGUGACUAUAGGCUGAGUGAUUUGGAACCCCCAAAAACAGGCAGUAAUGCAGAGGCAGCCCGAGAGUCUGAUGCUGUGGAUGGCUCUGCAGUUCCUCUGACAGAACCUGUGUCAGAGUGUGAGGAUGAAGUGGAUCUGAGCUGUAAUGCCCUCUUGUGGUUGGGAAAAGAUUACAACAACUUUAUAAAGAGAGAUUGGAAACAGCUGGACCAGCCCUUUCAAGACAAUGUUGACAGAACUCAGGUGCCACGCAUCCCCUGGCGAGACCUGGGUGCUGUGCAUCAUGGGAAGGCAGCCAGAGAUCUUGCACGACACUUCAUCCAGCGCUGGAACUUCACUAAGAUCUUUAAGAACAAGUACAAGGGUGACUUCUACCCGUACCUACUGCCGAAAUCCCACUGCACUGCAGAUAAGCUGCCAUUCACCAUCCCUGGUGCCUCAAAAGCCUCUGUACAGGUUCUUCGUUCUGUGGAUCGCUGGUCUGCUGGCACAUGUGAACAUUCUAUCCUCAAUGCCUAUAUACAUGUUAUCGAGAACAGCGAGCAUUACAUUUAUCUAGAGAACCAGUUCUUCAUCAGCUGCUCAAAUCAGAAGAAUGUACUCAAUACCAUUGGAGAUGCUAUUGUCAAACGGAUCCUACGCGCUCACAGUGAGGGGAAGAAGUACAGGGUGUUUGUUGUAAUUCCUCUGCUGCCCGGCUUUGAGGGUGACAUCAGCCAGGGAGGAGGAAAUGCCAUUCAAGCUAUACUGCACUUCACCUACAGAACGAUUAAUCGAGGAGAACACUCCAUUCUCUCAAGAUUAAAGGAGCAAAUGCAGGACGAAUGGACACAGUAUAUUUCUCUGUGUGGUCUGCGCACACACUCUGAGCUCGGCCAGUCCCCUGUAACAGAGCUCAUCUACAUCCAUAGCAAAGCCCUCAUCGCUGACGACCGUUGCUACAUAAUAGGGUCAGCCAACAUCAAUGACAGGAGCAUGCUGGGCAUUCGUGACAGUGAGCUGGCAGUGCUUGUGGAGGAUGAGGAAAGAGUUCCCUCAGUCAUGAACGGAGAGGAGUACCAGGCUGGACCACUAGCACUCGCCUUACGAAAGAAGUGUUUCAGCGUACUUCUCGGAGCAAAAUCUGACCCCAAUCUGAACAUUGAUGAUCCAGUCUGUGAUCAUUUCUUCAACGAUGUUUGGAACAAAAUCGCCCAAACAAAUGCCAUCAUCUAUGAGAAGGUUUUCCGAUGUCUUCCACUGGACUCCAUCCGCAACUUGCGUGAGCUGCAGGAACAUGUGAAUGCUCAAAACCUCGGUCUUACUGACCCGGAGAAAGCCAAAGAAGAACUGCAGGCCAUCCAGGGCAUCCUGGUCCAUUUCCCACUGCACUUCCUGUGCGAGGAGAACCUCCUCCCACCUCUUAAAUGCAAAGAAGGAAUGAUUCCUACGGAGGUGUGGACAUAGCAGGGAAGAGUAUCCAGUGAAACGGAAGAUUUCAGAGCUUAAAAUAUCACACAUCUGCUAACUAAGCUGGAAGCUAAGGUGGUUAACCACCACACUUUUUGUCCAAUUUGGUUUGGACUAAAGUAAUGGUAGUAAAUGAAUGUUUAGCUCUGAACACUAACCCAAAUUAGUGUAGAAACACAGAAUGAUCUUGCAUAAGAUAGACACGUUUGCACCAGGAGAAUCACAUAGUGUAGUUAUAUGAAGAUGCAAUGAAAUGACACCAGAUUUCUCCCCAAAUGCCCAUUAUGACCAAGAAUGUCAUGAUCUGAGUAUUUAAAAUGGCUGAGGAUUUAAAGUGCUGCAUAUCAGAUAAGCGAAGAAGGCGAAAGAGAGAGAGUAUUUUUGAUGACCGAGGAACAGAACGUACAUUUAUUGUUGUGAAUGUGUGUGGGUGGAUGGUACUGCUUUACCUUUUUUCCCUCUUUCUUGAUUUCUUUCUUGUGUGCACUACACCUCUCAAUGCAGUGGCAGCAAAUCUGUCAGAACAUUUGUGGUUGUUAUGGUGACGGGUAUAAAGAGCUGACUUGGUCUUGGCUGCUGAGAGAGAGAUAGA